GGAACGCUAUUCGUAGUACUGAUAGUAUUCGGAAUAAAUAAAGGAACGCACCCUCUGAUUAUAGCGUCUCUAUACUGUGCUUUUAUUUUGCAUGUGUAUUAAUUUGUGACUUAUAGUUCCACGGCUCAAUAUAGACGUUGGUGGUAGUAGUGUACGACGAUUUCUACGGUAUCUCUCUGCCUAUAGUCAAAGGAAUUUAUUUGUCACUCCUAUCAAUCCUGUACAGGUUACGAUCCGACUGUGUGUGUUGUGUAUCUUUUUUCGGUUGUCACUAUUCGUAAUGAUUCAAUAACGACUGAUCUUUUUUAUUAUAAAAUGAGCGAACUCGAUGAACGAUUAUGAUAUUCAAAGAAUGCUGAGUAACGAUUCGUAUUGAAGAGACAUACUGUUUGGCUACUAUGUGUCGGGGUACUGUAGUAAAUGAGUAGAUACAUGGUUUAGGCAUUAUAUUGAAAGAUUAUUUUGUUUAUAAUCAGCCUACUAUAAACAUAAUGUCCUGUCGAAUUAAAGGAAUAGCGAACCUACCAGAUGUGGAUAAUAUUAAAAGAUUGCUUUAUGGUGAUGCUAUUGGUAAAUUCGAAUAUAUACCGAGCGAUGAACUACCUCUUCAAGACUGUGCUAUAUCGCUAUCGUCAGUUGGAGAUGUACUUGCGAUGGCUUGGAAUACUAAGAUGAUUAUAUUUGUUUCGAGAUGGGAUUCGGAAGAAUUGGAUGAUAAAAAUAAAUUCUAUAUAAUGUGGCAUGGGGAAGUGACGAAAGAAGCCAAUGAAUGGAUAACGUCGGUGAUCUGUUUGCCUUUGAUAUCUUUAGGAAAAGCUACUGGUCCGGAUUGGACAUGUAUAGCUGUUGGAUAUAAUACAGGUUUCAUUAGAUUCUAUACGGAAACAGGCGCGUUGCUCCUGGAGGAACGAAUCCAUAAUGAAUCAGUUCUAGGAAUAAAAUGCCAGUCGUUUAGUUUACCAAAACACACUGGAGAUGCUGGCUGUAACGAAGAGAUUUACAUUUUAUACAAUAGUGGCGUUUGUAUAUUGCAAGGAUUUCCAUUAUUUUCAACUUUACGUGCCUGUAGAAAUCAUUUGGCCAAAAUUCAAGCGAAUUGCGAUGAUUUACCACCGAUUACAAAUUUGUCGUAUAAAAAAUGGGCAUUCAAGAAUCAAGAUAUUGCGAACGAUUCUGAAGUGAUAGGUACGACGUUGAUAAAUAGCUUUGAUCAUUUAAUGACAGCAUCGAUUUGCGGUGGAUAUAACGCGACAUACAGAUCUAGCGCGCCGCAACAUAAUUUAGUUAUUGCAACGGGAAAACGACCAUUUGUAGGAUUUCACUAUGCGCUAGAAGGUAGUAAUGCACCAGUCUUGUCAGAUGUUGCUAUCGCUAUGGCUAGCAAAUUGGCCAACGCUAUUGGCACUGCUGUUCCAUGGUUUCGUGGAAAUUCCAAGAAUAUAAUGUCUGAAGCAUCGAAAGGUGCCAUUCAUGAGUCUGUAGAGACAAUGACGUGUCGAUUUGGUUUAAGCGAUAUUAUGAGAGAGGGUGACUGCAUUGUUUGCAGUCCGAACAAAAUGUUUUCGGUAAUAUCAGACAGUAUGGGCAGAGUGAUACUUGCGAGUAAUAAAAAGGGCAUAGCUGUGAGGAUGUGGAAAGGAUAUCGCGAUGCUCAAUGUGGCUGGAUAGAAGUCACCGAAGAGAGAGAUCGCGGAAUUCGUCGGAAUAUCGAAAAAUCUGGACGAAAAGUUUUGUUACGCACUGCCCUAUUUUUGGUUAUUUAUGCACCAAAGAAGGGUGUGAUAGAUAUUUGGAAUAUUCAGCAAGGCCCAAAAAUUACUACCUUUACUGCUAGCAAAAAUGGACGAUUAUUGUACAUUAAUUAUGGCUUUCUCGGCGUGAACGAUAAUGUUACUUUGUUGAAAAAUAAAGCGCAAUACUCGUGUGUCUUUAUCGAUCCACUUGGAGGAUUAAAGGAGAUUUGCGUUCCAUUCCACUUUGCACUAAAUAGUAAAAAUGGAAAACGAGCACGCGACAUACAUUUACUUCGGAAACUGAGGACGUUUCUGAGAGAAGAGGACUAUGAUGAGGAAAAAUUAAUUUCUGAAGUUACUACCAUUUGUCUCGGAAUAGAAACGAAUGAAGUUCGAAUACAGAUGUUAGAGAUUUUAAUGAAUAGCAAACAUAUUUUACCAGACGCUUUACUCGCCGCGACGCUUUGUUUUGCGACAAAACCAGAAGAAUCGGAACCUACCGCCAAGAUGCUUCGCAAAUUGACAACCCAAUUACAACAAUUGAUUACGUUUUAUAAAUACGUUAAAUUUCGAUUUGAUAUUUCAUCCAAGUAUGAUAUAACGGUUAAUGAUGUGACGAGUGCUAAAAGUUUAUCUUUAAUAUUAUUAACUUCGGAGCGAGAGGUAAACCAUGUUACUAAAUUGGCCAAGAUGUUAAACAACUUCAUAGAUGGUAACGUUUCAUCGGAAACCAGAGUUAAAUUUAAGGAUGAAAAUGUGUUCUUUGAUUUUUUAUCGUGCUUUGAAUUAGGCACGUCGAGACUGAUCGGGCUACGAAAAGAUGUAAAGGAGGAAAAUGUAUACAAGAUCUCACGAUUGAUAUAUCAAGGAUGGAUGCGUUCGAAUGAUGCGAAAGAAAAAUGGCAGCAAGCAGCUAAAGACAGUAACAUUCAACCAUUUAUCUUUAUGCGAUUGGCAUUGAUAUAUUGGAUGCACAAGGAGGAAGAUGAAUCUUUGGAAAUAGAAUUAAAACGUUUUACGCAGCUUUUACAUGUUAUUUGUUUAUUAACCGAUGUGGAAAAAAUUUGUGUUGAAUACAAUGAAAUUUCUUCAUGGUGGAAAAAUGUACGCGCUAUUCUGACAGAGUCUGCGAAACCUUUCAAAGCGUUCACUGCUGCGUUAGCGUGCAGAGCGACCGCUAUGACUCUAGAGAAGUAUAAGGAGAAAUUGCAAAGUCAGAAACUAUCGAAGGAUCGUGGAAACGAGGAGGAUACUAAAAACGGAAACGAUUUAACUCAGAUAGAUGAAAUUGUGAAUAAAUCGAAUGAUGUCACACCAGACGAUGAAACAUAUAAUUUGAUUAGCGAAUGGGAAAAUGUCAGUAACGAUACCUGUCAAUUUACGUUGUUGAUCGGGAAUCUAGAGGAUAUUACUAUAUUGAAUGCUGUUAUUAGUCAGCAUGUUAUAUUGGAUGAGACAACGCAAUUCUAUGCUCUGCCAUUUACGAGAAAUGAUAUUUCUCUGGCAUCGAUUCUCUCUAAAGGAAGAGGUUCGGUGUCUGAACUGGUUGCGAAAUGGCUCGGUACAACCGGUAUCGAUCCAGCACGGUUAAUCGAUACUACUGACAUAGAAUUCGAUCAGCAAUUAUCGGUGGGUUCUGUACAAUUGACUGAUACGCUGAGUGAGGCGACUGCUGUUGAAGUGUCUCGACAGGACCGAAUGAAACUUCUCUCUUUAUCGGUAGAAAUCGGAGACGAAGCAAAGGUGGACACGACUACGGAAGCAUCUGUUUUAGACAAAGUAGCUCUACUCAAACGACAUUUCCCAUACAGUUUAACGAGCAGUGUUUUACUAGCCAAUUUAUGCUGGGAGUUUGCCAUGUCGUGGAAUAAAGAUGUUACUCAGCUAAAUUCGCUUGCAGCUGCCUUGACUGUUUUACGACAAAUACCUAUAAAGAAUAUGAGACACGGCGUCUGUUGUCUGUUGUGGACGCUUCACAUAAAGAAAAGAAUAGAAGCGGUGGCAAAGCUGAUGAACAAACUCGGAAAAUUACCAAAGGAAAGAUUGUGUAUGCAAGACGUUGGUUUGUCUGACAUUCAAGUAACGACAUUUUUACAGCACUGUGUCUCCUUCUUGGAUAUAUUUAUCGAUGCUGAAAUACUCGAACGUGGAGAUUGUGCGAUAAUAAAAUCGGAAGAAUUGUGGGACGGACAUCUCGAUGGACCGCAACCAUUUGCUGCAUUAGCCGUUUCUCAAGCACCAGCUUGGUACGACUUAAUUCUGUUACAUGUACAAGUGACUAAUGUCCUGUAUAUGAUGGCGUGUCUCAAUUUGAAAAUGUUGAAACCAUUGAAUAAUUUGUUCGAAUCUGUGGUACAGCCCUAUCUCUUUCAAGAUAUAACCGACAAAGCGAUACUUACGUGGUACCGAGAUGACAAGAGGGACAAUGCCCGUACAGACUUUUUAUGUAGAGUAAUUACAGCAUCGAUGGAAUUUAUUCAUCGGGAGACCACCGAUGGCGUGACGGUCAGUUCGACACAGGCUAUCUCGUGGAUGAGCAAAUGUCAAACAUUAGCGUGUAUCUGGAAAAUUAAUAAUGAUGAAUUAAGGAUACAUCAAGCCUGUCAGCUGUAUAUAAAUGGUUUCGAUCGUUUAGCGGAAGAGGUAACUGUAAUGGUAACCGAUAUCGAACGCUUGGCUGCAAACUUAUUACCUAUAGUUGGAAGAAGAAUGAUGGCAUAUCUUUCAAAAACGCCUAAUCUUUUGGAAGAAAUGUCACGAAUGAGCCCAGCGCUUACAAGAUAUUUGGAAAACCUGAACGUACCUGAGAUAGUCUGUACAAAUUGUUCGAAUGCCGAUACUAUGGAAUUGAUUCGACGAGUAUCAGUGCAUUUACCUAAAACGCAUUGUGAUUAUCAUAUUAUGCUAUUAAUGUUAGAUGCAACAUUUAUUUAUGAAGAUAAUAAUUAAUUUCAAAUUAUAUAAACUGCGUCCCGUGAUAUUGUGAAGGGAAAGACUAAGAAUGGCGGGAUUUUGUCGAACUGUACCGCUUGUAUAUAUUAAAAAUACAACGAAACGAGAACAGACUCGAAGCCAUUGUUUUUUGUUAAUAAAAAGACAAUAUGCUAUUGUCGCAGGUAAUAAUACUAAAAAAGAUAAUGGAAAUCAAAUUGCAAAGUUGUAAGAAUAAGUAAUUGUUAUAUACUUUUCAAUACAUUAUUUAAUUUAAUAUUUAAUUAUAAACGGAAUCGGGCAAUUUAAUUAUAAACGGAAUCGGAAACCACCUCGAUAGUUAAUGACACAAUUCUAACGCAAGAAACACAAUUGUCUUUAUUUGUAUUCAUAUCUGUACAUAUAUGUUUGUAUGUAAAAUACAUUGAUAUACACACAGGA